AUGGAAAAUCAAAAUCCUAACGAGCGCAGCAGGACUGCCGCGGCAGAGAACGAGGACGGCGCAGACCAGAUUUACGAAGCUCCUCGCUCCGGCAUCGCUACCCCCCAACCAGAUCUACAAGACAAGCGACUGCCCGGCAUCAUGAGCUACUUCACUGGCCAGGUUCGUCCAGCCUCUCUUCAGCGUCUGUGGUCUGGCACCUUUCAUGCGACUACACGGGCCGAGGCUGCGCCUCGUGAUGCGCCUCAGCAGGAGAAGCACGGAGAAGAGGCAGAGGCAGAGGCGGAGCCAGGGCAUGACCAGCAUCUCACUUCCUCCCCACCCUCACACCUGCCAGUCAGCCCUGUCGAGUCCUCCUCUCGCAGCCCAUCUGAGGCCAAAGGACCACCUCUCCUCCCUCAUGAGACGGUGGGCGUGCUCUCAGAAGAGAAGCCUCCUCCCGAGAGCGCCGAGUUCCACCCGUAUCCCACUCCUCCCGCAUCCUCGCGCUCUUCAGUGCGCGGUGCCAAGGUCGACGAGAACUGUGGGGACUCCUCGAGGCAGAGGGCUGGCUCUGCCGUCACCCCGCCUCAACUCCACAAGACGAGCAUCUCGGAACUCACAAGCAUGAACGGCCGUAGGCCAUCUGCGCUUGUCCCGGUGGCCUCGGUCGCGAUCACCGAGUCGAACGUGAAUGCUCGUCACUUCUCAACUCCUGGCAGUCGCAGAGAUUCCACUUCACUUAACUCCCCAAAGCACGAGCACCCCUCUCCCGCGAAGACGGAUGAUGUUCCUGAAGACCCUGCUUCUGUUCGUCAACUUAAGAAGCUAACAAACGACGUGGCUCCAAAGAGUGGCCAAUCUACCCCAACCCGAACACUGUCGUCCACGAAAGUAGCCCGAAAUGAUGGAACGGAGGAGCGGAGGACCAGCGACGAGAGCUCGAGCGCCACGGGCACACAGACCCCUCCCAGCUCUGGCGGGGCAUCAAACUUGCCAGCGGUCAAGGGCAAACUCACCAUCAAGAUAAGCGAGGCGAGGGGCCUGAGAAAAUGCCGAGCGCCCUAUGUGGUUGCCGUCUUCCAACGGAGCGAGCUGAUCUCGAGCGGCCCACGUAUGGAUGAGGAUGAUGACGAGACGGCGAUUUCAAAUGUCGCCAUGGGAGGCGUGCCAAUUCAACGGCAGGGCAGCGAUUCAGGCCGGCCGAUGGCCAUCCCAAUGAGAAGUCGCCAAAGCAGCAACACCAGCACCGGCGAACCACACAGCUUCCGCAACCGCACCCAGCGUCAGUCGUUCACAAACCCAAAGUGGGACGCUGAGGCUGUGUUUGACGUCGUCGACUCGGACAUGCUGGUCGACAUCUCCGUAUACGACCAGGGCGUAAAAGGCUCGGAAUUCCUAGGACACGUUGACCUGCAAGCGAGACGCCCUGACAGCAAAGAGCCCAUCCGAGGCUGGUUUGCUCUGAAGGGUCACGCAGACACGAUGGAGGAGAACGCACCAACCGGAGAGCUAUACGUUGAGGCACUGUACCAACGGACAGAACGGCGACACGUCGGCCCAGAAGAUUUCCAAAUCCUCCGCCUAAUCGGCAAGGGUACCUUUGGUCAGGUCUACCAGGUCAGGAAGAAGGACACGGGCCGCAUAUACGCGAUGAAGGUUCUUUCCAAGAAGGUGAUUGUGCAGAAGAAAGAGGUGGCCCACACUGUCGGAGAGAGGAACAUCCUGGUCCGGACAGCGACAUCAGAGUCACCAUUCAUCGUGGGCCUCAAGUUCUCGUUCCAGACGCCGUCCGACCUCUACCUCGUGACGGAUUACAUGUCUGGGGGUGAGCUGUUCUGGCACCUGCAAAAAGAGGGACGUUUCGACGAGAAGAGGGCCAAAUUCUACAUCGCGGAACUGAUCCUAGCAAUCGAGCAUCUGCACAAGAACGACAUUGUUUACCGGGACUUGAAACCCGAGAACAUCCUGCUCGACGCAAACGGACACAUCGCGCUGUGCGAUUUUGGUCUUUCGAAGGCGAACCUCACUAAGAAUGACACAACCAACACUUUUUGCGGGACGACGGAAUACCUCGCGCCGGAGGUCCUGCUGGACGAGCAAGGCUACACCAAGAUGGUCGACUUUUGGUCGCUGGGUGUCCUGGUAUUUGAGAUGUGCUGCGGCUGGAGUCCCUUCUACGCCGAGGACACUCAGCAGAUGUACAAGAACAUCGCCUUCGGGAAGGUCAGGUUUCCCAGAGACACGCUGUCCCUGGAGGGCCGCAACUUUGUCAAGGGGCUAUUGAACAGGAAUGCGAAGCAUCGACUGGGCGCCAAUGACGAUGCCGAGGAGCUCAAGCGCCACCCGUUCUUUAAUGACGUUGACUGGGAGGCCUUGUCGAAGAAGGUCAUCACACCGCCAUUCAAGCCCAGCCUGAAGUCUGACACCGACGUGUCAUAUUUCGAUCCUGAGUUCACCAACGCCUUGAACACGAACGGUUCCCUCAACGAGCGGGCGGCCGCCCUGGCACGCGGCUUUGCCACGUCUACUCCUCUGUCACCCUCUGUGCAGGCCAACUUCCAGGGCUUCACGUUUGUUGACGAGAGUGCACUGGACGACCACAUGAGGGAUCGACUACAUGACGAUGAGAUGGAUGUGGACCGGAGCAAGAAUGAAUGGGAUGAUGUAGACGACGUCAACACUCGAAGGCCAAAUCGAAUGAGCGGGGUGGUUCGCACCAACGACGAUCACCUCGUCGGCGGUGGUGAUUUCGACAUGUGA